ACAAUAAUAAGAAGAGUUACCGUAACAAGACUUUCAUCUUAUAGCAUUUUGUACGUUUUGAGGAGGUAUCGAAACUGUACACCUACUAAACACCAUACACACGCGCGAAAGCUCCAGCUCCGUCGCAUCUGUUGCUCUCCAUCAUCCUUCGUGCAGUUGCUGUCGGUUCUUUUUUUGCUCGGGAGGCAUUGCAAUUUCAGCUCUUGAUCAGUUAUCUAUCUUGCGGCAUACCCUAGUUGUGGAGGGUACUGGUUCUUGGAGGAGAUAGCGCUUGAGCCUACCUCUCUUUAGACGUUGUUGCUUCGAAGAACGGAAGGAGAUAUUACGAGGACAAGUCUGAACAUGGGCCAUAUCGAUAUCAGGGAAUUGCUGCAAUUCCCCUCCGGCGACAAUUCAUCAGAUGUCUUGAUCAACAAUGUGCAUUUUAACAAGACGGCAUUGAAUCACUACAACUAUACCCUCUAUAGCAAUGGCACGCUCUCCAACAGCUCCAAAUGCUAUCUGGUCUUUGACCAGUUCCAACCGGUCAUGCUCUCUAAUGGCACCUUUAUCAACGGCACCUCUUGUUAUCUUCCAUAUUAUCACAUCCAGGACCGCGGCACCCUUGGAAUAGUCUUUGCCUGUCUCUUUGCUGUGAGCAUCAUGUUCACAAUGAUCAACCUCCGAAAGCACGGCCGUUUGUUCUUGCCAAAGGAGAAGAGGUUCCGGGCUAUUGGAAGACGUUGGCAAUGGUAUUGGAUGCUGUUUGUGGCAGCAUGUGGAAUCAUUAGUGGUUUGACAAGCGUGGAUGUUGAUCGCGAUUACUUGCAGAGUUUGGCCCUCAUCUUGACCAACUUCUUCUAUUAUCUCAUGCUGCCUGGGAUUCUGGCGGCUGUAUGGGAGGCAACAAGACACUGGGGCUCGUGGCAAGAAAGACAAAUCUAUGACAGUGAUCCGUAUUCUCUUCCCCAGGACGACGUUAGAUCGAAAAAAGAGUUCUGGAUGCCUCUUAUGUUUUAUCUCUUCACCUGGCUGAACUUUUUUAUGGUGAUCCCACGCUCGUGGUCCUCCAUUCAGCUGCAGCGAUCGUUGGAGCAGCAAAAUCUCAACGCCAAGCCUGCCGCCACUGAUGCACGCUUCAAGGCCGGCUCGAUCCUCGCCGCGGUAGCCUGGCUUAUAAUUUGUUACUCUCUUCGUCAUUCCAUCCACUAUUACAAGCCUCGUGGGCGUGGUAUAUGGCAGAGCUUCAACGGAUUUUUCCAUUGGGCACCUGUAAAGCUCCUACUCGCCAUCACCAUACUAGCAGUCCGCGUCGGUUACGGCAUAGCAUCAGCAUUUGACUGGAGCAUUAGCCCGCUCAAAUACAAUGUUCAACCAGGAUGGAUGUUCGGCCUAGGCUAUGCCACCACGCUUCUGAUAAUCAUCAUCUUUGAGAUUUGGGGCUACGUUGACGAGAACGAGGACCGCUUGUUGAUCGCCCAGCGCAGAGAGCGGGGACGUGCUCAUGAUGCAGAACUUGGCCUGGUUAAGAAACCAAGCUGGUGGAGCAAGCUUCAUGGUGGCCCCACACUCACCUCUGAUGAGCGUUUGCGCGCUUUUGGGGCUGAGCUGGGCGGCGGACAGCCUACUCGUCGGAACAUAGAACGAACACUAGAGCUUGGAAAUAUGCCCACUCACCAAGCUGAUCCGGCAGAGAACCCGUUCAGAGACACUCCAUCGAAUGAAAAUACUCCGAGGAUGUCUACACCCAGGCAAAAUAGCAAUGCUAGCUCGAACUGGGGUGGCAGUGAGAGGACAUUGGGAGCAGGAGCCCCACCUACUAAAGUGAGGAGUAUGCUCGACAUUUGAUUGACAUGGGAUUGGUGGAAUUCGACCGGUGGUGUAUUACUAGUCAUUCACUUCUGUUUGCAGCCUUCCUCUCUUUUUUUUUUCAGUCGUAUUAUUUUAAUAAUGGGUAGGUCAUGGGUUUGCCGGGAGGCGUUGGUACGGCAAGGUGUCGGUGGGUCAAAUGCAAUGCCGUUAAGCACAUGAUUUUUUGCUUGCUCGUUUGAUUUUCUUGGUAUAUCGAUAGUCUACAUUUGUAUUAUACUCUUCAUAUGAGUCGUCACGCUC